UGAUCUGUGGCAUCUGUGCCCAGGGAAGCAGGACCCCCGGCAGGGGCGGAAGUGGAGGGGCACCAUGGUCCUGCUGCGCCUGGCGUGGGAGAGGACCUUGCCCCGGCUGCUGACCCUGCGGGCCAUCAUCCACAAGCUCACUCAUCUGCUGGCCUUCGAACUCUUCAUCCUCACUGUGGUUUUCAUCCACACGGCAGUGCUGGUGGUGCAGACCUUCGCCGCGGUGCAGGUCCGUGGAGAGUGGUUCUUCUCUGUCAUGGACGCUGUCUUCCUGUGUGUGUACGUGCUGGAGGCACUGCUGAAACUCAUCGCCCUGGACCUCGACUACUUCCGCAAUCCCUGGAAUGACAUUGAUUUUUUCGUCAUGAUCAUGAUGGUGCUGGACUUUGUGCUGCCGCUCCUCAUCUCCCCGGGCCACAACACCCACGAGAACGCUGUCAGCCUCUUCCGUGUGCUCCGCGUCUUCAAGGGUGUCCGGGCUGUGCGGGUCUUUAGGCUGCUGCUCACACUGCGGGUGCUGGAGAACCUGCAGGAGCUGACAAGCACCUUCGCGCUGUCUGGCCCGUCCAUCGGGGCCAUCCUGCUGCUGAUGUUCACCUGCCUCUUCAUGUUCUCGGUAGUGCUGCAUGACCUGUUCCAGAACUCUGACCCCCAUCGCUUCGGGGAGCUCUUCGACACCAUCUUCACCCUCUUCCAGCUCUUCACGCUAGAUGACUGGUCCUUCAUCUACCUGGACAGCGUCCAAGGGGGUGCCUCAUACAUUAUCUUCUUCCUGAUGGCCUACAUCCUCAUUGAGUACUUCACCUUCCUUAACCUGGUCAUCGCUGUCCUGGUGGACAAUUUCCAGUUGACCCUGAUCAAGCGCCAAGAGCUGCAGAAGCAGAAGAGUCUGCUGCAGCCCAAGGAGAGCAGCAUAGAAGAUAUUGUAUCAGGCAAGCCAGCCCAGGAGGGACAGAUGAAGCUGGAGGACGAUGAAGCCUUCCUGGCUCAGCUCAACAAGCACAUGGACGGCAGCGAGAGCAGGGAGAAGCAGCUGCUCUUCACCUACCUGCAGCUGAUGGCAUCAGUUGAGCACCUCCAGCAGCAGUUCCGCUCCCAGGCCGCCACCACCGACAAGAUUGUCGACAGCUUCUUCGAGACAGCCGAGCAGGACUUUCCCCACCACUGAAAAGGCCGGGCUGUCCACACUGUGGGGAAAGAAUGUGCCCGGAGGCCCAGGCACUGCAGCCAUGAGGCUGGGACAGGCCCCAGAUCCAGCCCUCGCCCAGACACUGCCACGGCUCUGUAUUAAAAGGCUCCUGGCCACCAGGGAUGCAGGGGAAAUGAUGUGUGAAGAGUGACAGUGAGGGGAAGGAUGUCAGGCCACACCAUGUCUUUUCCCUGCUUUGGGCCCCAGACUCCUGGGUUCUCCCCCCAGAUCUGGGGGGAGGAGGAAAGCUAGUGCAUUAGAGUAGGGGUGGGAGGCUGGGAGCCAGGACACCUGGGUUCUAUGCCCAGCUCUGAUGGUCUUCCAAUGUACACUGACUCCUGGCCCUCCCAUGAACACAAGACACACAGAAGCUCAGCUAAAGGACCCUGCAACUCCUGGCCUUGGCAGCUGAGCCCUGUGGGGAAGCAUUUACAAGGGCCAGCACUGCAGCCACUGCACCAGUGCCCAGGGAUCCCUGCUGAGCUGGUCCUAGGGGCCUUGGGAAUCUCAAGGACAAAGGCCAACUGAUGUCCGUGUCUGGGAGCGAUGCCAGACAGAUUCAGAUGGGGAAUGAGGGGCAGAGGUUUAGCAGUGAGGGGGAUUCUUCAGCAAGGCAGCUCUCCUGGGAUAGGGGAACGCUCCACCCCUUGAGGACUUUACAUCCAGGCUGCACAGCUCUAAAAGCCAUGCUGUGGUCCCACCCCCAAAU